AUGGCAGGGCCAGCUCCUACAGAUCAACAGGUCGCCGAUUUCGUGAAAACCUAUAGGCGUGACCGGCCUAAAUACUCUAUGAAGCCAAUGAUUGAGCUCUGCGAUGCUCAUUUGUAUGACGACAAGGUGAUUUUGUGUGAUAGCGAGGGCGACGCACGUCCUGGAGCGGCUAGAAGCAAUGGUUCCAAGGUGUAUCGGCUCCGAGUCGGGAUGACCUGUGUUCGUCUAGUGCGAGACUAUGCAUCCGUGCUUUAUUUAUACCUUUAUAUCAUUUUUGUUGAAUAUAUGUUAAUUUUAAUUAUUAAAUAG